AUGUGUGGUGAGUGUGCGGCGGUCUCAGCCCGGGCGCUGUGCGCGGGGAUGUGGACCCUUGGCGUUGCGGCCAUCUGGGACAGGGAUUGGCCAGAUGCAGCCCCUGUGUUCCCAGGUGUUUCCUGGCACCAGGAGCAGGUGCAGAUCAGGAUCGGGCCAGGGCGGCACCGCUCAGUACUGGGAUAUGACCUGACCCUAGGUGAAGCUGCUGCCGGCAAGGUGGAGGUGUCCGUGCCGCCCGUGGUCGAGGUGGAGCUGGGAGAAACAGCCCGAAUUGAGUGCAACUUCUCCAUCCCUGGAAAUGGUUCCUACACCAUCAUCAACUGGUUCUAUGUGAGUGCCCAGCCACCUCGGUCCAUGCAGGUCGAGCGGCAUAACCGGGUGAAACUGUGUUCUGUGCUGCCCGGUGAGCUCCUCGAGGACAGCACCAGCUACAAGGGGCGGCUCUCUGUGGGCCAGGACAACUCCCUCUCCAUCAGUCGUGUCACUGUGCAGGAUGCCAGGCCCAUCGUGUGCCAGGUGGAGGCUGGUGACCACGGUGCCGGCGAGAACCGCACCGAGCUCCACGUGUACAAAGUCCCCGAGGCUCCGGAGAUCACGGCCAACAAAGGCGGCGUCUCUGUAAAGAGCAGACACCUCCCGCAGAUUGCCACGUGCGUGAGCAGGAACAGCUUUCCACCCCCCAACAUCACCUGGUACAAGAACAGGGAGCAGCUGCACACGGAGGAGAACAAGGUGAAAGUUUCAGAGACAGUGACCCGUGAGUCCAGCUGGCUGUACACGGUGAGCAGCAGCCUCUUUGCAUCUGUCACGCGGGAGGACCGCAGCUCCCUCUUCCACUGCGCCGUGCACUACUGGCUGUCGGGGCAGCAGCGCACCAUGGAGUCACAGAACGUCAGUGUCAACGUCUUCUACCCUGCGGAGCACGUAACACUGCUGGUCCUGCCAUCCCCGGCGUUUGUGAAGGAGGGCGACAACGUGCAGCUGGUGUGCAAGGCUGAUGGGAACCCGGCGCCCAUGUUCAGCUUCUACAAGAGAGAGCUGGAGGACAAUUGGCAGGACCUGUCAUCGCUAGCAGAUGCCAAUAGUGGGGUGCUGAACCUACAUGAUGUGAACAAGAGCAGCAGUGGUCUGUACAGGUGCCAGGCCCUUGACCUGGAUGAUAUGGAACAGCUGGAGAAAGAUGUGGAGCUUGUUGUGAACUAUAUCGAAGGGGUCAGCGUGAAGAUGGAGCCAUCUUCCCCACUUGGGGAAGGGGACAGUGUGACGCUGAGCUGCAGUGCUGAUAGUCCUGUGACCCUGGACUUCCACUGGAGGGAUGCAAAGGGCAAGAAAGUUGCAGAAGGCAACCAGCUUGUCCUGAGCAACCUCACCUUCGAAACCUCCAGCAACUUCAGCUGCAAGGUGACUGCACAGAGUGUGCCGGGGCUGGAGAAGAGCAAGCAGGUGGCUGUGGCUGUCCAGGGGAAGCCCCGGAUUGUGUCCAUCAGUUCACCACUCUACGUGCGGCAGGAUGAGGUGGUGAACCUAACCUGCAAGGCCAUCGCUUUCCCCCAGCCCUCUGUGCAGUGGAACAUCAAUGGGACGACUCACGAGUACAUGGAGAAUCAGCAUAUCGCCAGCAACCUGACAGUGCGUGUGGACCACAACCUACUGCAGGCAGGAGCCAUGUGCAGGGUCACUAAUGCCCUGGGCACCAGUGAGAAGCACAUCCAGCUGCUCGAUCACAAGAUGCCAGAGAGCAAGGGUGUGAUCAUCGUCGCCAUCAUCGUCUCCGUCCUUGUGGUGGCUGUCCUGGGUUCUGUCAUCUACUUCUUAUAUAAGAAAGGGAAGAUCCCAUGUGGCCGUGCUGGCAAACAGGACAUCACAAAGCCAGAGGCGCGUAAAGACAAGAUUGUAGUUGAAGUUAAGUCAGAUAAACUUUCCGAAGAGGCGGGGCUCCUGCAGGGCGCCAACCACGGCGAGAAGAGACCUGCUGCUGACCAGAACGAGAAAUACAUCGAUCUGAGAAACUAGUGAGGAGAAUCUACUAAGUGCUUUCUGCCUUCAGCCCUUUCCUGCUCUUGGAUUGCCUUGUCCCACCCUGCUCCAGUGCUGGGGCACGCGGCCAGAGACGUUUCCCACAGCGCGACACUGAGCCCGCGACCCAUGGAGCACCAU